AUGGUUGAGCAGCCGACUUCCAUUGACGAGUGGGCUACCGCUAGCCUUGCCACAGCAAGGCCGGUACAGACCCCGGAGGUGCGGAGCUGGCCUGGCGGGGCCUGGCAAAUCUGGCCAGGAGUGCUUGGUAGUCAUCAUCGAGCCUGUGCGCUCACGCCCAUGUACCCCCAUCCCAUGGAACAGAUGUACGCCUGGUCUGAGUCGGACAGCGAGGAGGGGCUGCUCGGAGUCGAUGCGGGGUGCACCUUCGAGGGCGCAGUGAGCCCCGGGUUUACCACUGAGGAUGAGGAAGCGGAACUGGCCCGCCAGGCCGCGCGCCGUGGACCCCCUGCCAUGCCCAGCAUCUGCAUGGACGCAGACUGGCUCUACGAUCUGGGCCGUACCGUGCACGUCCCUGACGAUGUGGAUGCAAAUGAGGAGCUGCAGCAGGGCCCCGAGGAGGACGAGCCCGUCUCAUGGGAGAGGGUCGAGGCCGGGCCACUUGAGGCGCGGCGGGCGGCGCCCUUCAAGAAUGUGCUGCCCCCCAUCCAGCACUUGGGGCACGAGGAGUCUUGA